AUGGCUGAUGCUGAGAUGAAGUCGCUCCAAAAUACAGGCGUCGCAGUAUCUACCAAACAGCACUUCAGUGCAGAGCCACCUCCAGUCACUCCUUGUUUUAUGGGACUGCCUUCUGAGAUUCGAACCAUGAUCCUGAUGUAUCUGCUUCACGGUGAGGAUGAGCUCAAGUGCGUACCUUCCAACUUGAGGACAAGGUUGAAAGAGAUAGAAGAAGACAUACUAUCUGAUUAUUCUGACUACGACGAUGACACUAGCGAGACCUCUGAGACCCCCGAGCAUGAAGACAUUCCUAUUCCCACUGAACUAGAGCCUGGACAACAAAACUUAGAUACCUGGCUAGUGGCUGGUCAUCGGACCUACCACAAUGAGCACAAGCAGCACCCGCGUGCCGAACCACUACCACCCUUUCGGAGACACGCUUUGUGUCCAUCGUUCCUAUCACCAAUUCGAAAGCACGGACUCCAUCCUCAAAUCUUGGCGACCUGUCGUCAACUUCGCCAAGAGGGUCAGUGGAUUUUAUACUGGGAGAAAACUGUACGAGUAACGUGGUAUAUGGCACCUCAAGCGAAGUCUUGCAUGUAUGUCAUGGGCCACGAGUCUAUCAGAGCUGCCAUGGACCGCAUCCCGAUGACUAUGAUGCCGGCACGUUGGUUCAUCGAUGUCUACUUUGAUACCAAUACGUUGCUCGACUUCGGUGCUAGUUACGAAUGGAUAUUUGAUGGCUGGAUGGAAAGCUGGAUCAACCGUCUAGAUGAGGCUGUGCUGGACUUGUCACGCCUUGGAUGUCUAGAUCACCUGCACGUUCAAUCGCGUUUUCUCGAGGAGGAUCCAUGCUCGUUGCACGAGAUCGACGUAUGCAACAGAGUUGCAUGUAGCGCCUACCGGCUCCUACGCGCGAAGACAUGUGAUGUCCUACUGGAGUAUGAUCGUGCCGCUCUUGGCCUAGAGAUAGCCGAGAUCGUUGUCAGCAAGACGCGUGUCUUGCAUCCGUACAGUGUUCACAAGAAGCUCUCUAAUCUCUUCGACGAUGUUAUAUACGCAUCGAACGGUCCUUUAGCAUGCGAGAAUCGAUCUAUCGCACAGUACAAUAUCUGGCCCGAAUUUAGUCUCAUUGAGAUGGAUAAUCUGCCGUCGAGAAAAGAAUUCAUGGUUGACGUUCAUUUUUCCCUAGCCUUCUGGUAUCUUGACGAAGUGUGCAAGGGUGGUCUUCAGGUCCUUACAGCACUAAGAGAACAUAUCACGAAAGCCGACACUGAUCUUGAUGAACGUUCAGUAUGGAUAACAGACCAGAGCAGGUACGAGACAGCUCCUGACGAGAGUCAACCAUCUAAGCCUCAGCAUUUGCUAUCCCAACCUCUUCGACGAAGUUUCUACAGUGAAUCUCUCACCAAACAAGAAAUCCAGAGACGACGCGAGUGGAUUCCGGAGGCCAAGGAGCUCUUAGAGGACUUCACCACUCGUGCAGUUCACGUUGAGAAGCAAUUGAAUGAACUAGAAGAUCAGUUGUUGUAA